AUGACGACGCCAACAAAUAAUCGCGAUCGCGCCAAUUCAGACGAAAAUGAGAAGCAUUCUCAGCAUACGGACGAUAGUCUCCAAACCGCAACUGAUCCCAAUUCUCAACCAACUCACCCCGAAAAGUUGACGAGAUUAAACACCGACAACCACCUUCAUAUUCCCCAAGAGACGCAUGGCGGACCAAUGUCACCGCAAGACUCACGAGAACAAGCCUCACGCCUCAAUGACGAUUUGGAGUUGUUGCGCGCCGAGCGCCUCAUCUCCAACCAAGAACAUGAAAUGUCCCAGCAGCGUUCUCGCCAGGGUAGGACCCGCGAGAUGGAGCCCGAGGAUGUCUUCGCUACCAACGGUCCAAACCCUGCCGAUGCCGCUAAGCCGCCGCCUGAGAAGAAGGCCGGUGCCUUCGCCUUCGCAUUGUGGAAGUGGCUGAGGAAGUUCCCACGUGUUUUCCGAUACUUUGUCUAUCUGAUUCCCGGUGCCGCGCUUCUUCUCAUUCCGGUUCUCAUCGGUCACUUCGCCGUGGACGCCGAAAGCGCUACCGUUGGUGGUGCCUACGGCGUUUAUCUCACUUGGUUCGGAAUCUGGCUCGAGGUUGUCUGGUGCUCAUUGUGGGCUACGCGUAUGGUUACCAGCUUUAUGCCCCUCACCUUUGGCGGUAUUGCCAUUGUCAUGGGCUCUUCGAACCAUAAGAAGUGGAGGGAUAUCGGCCAGGGUCUGGAGCUGCACACUGCCCUCUUCAUGUGGAUGCUCGCCAUUCUUUGCUCUUACUCGCCCAUACUCGAAGACCACCGCGUUCUUCCCGACGGGUUCAACCCGGACACCGACACCAAGCCGGAUCUCAAAUGGGUCGAUAUCGUCCAGAAGGUCAUUAUCGCUUUCUUGGUCCUGGCUGCUCUCAAUUGGGUGGAGAAGAUCUGCAUCCAAUGGAUUGCCACAUCUUUCCAUCAGCGCACCUACGUCCAACGAAUCGAGACGAACAAGAGCGAUAUCGACCAUUUGGUCCACCUUUACGAGCACUCCAAGAUGCGAAUCAAUCGCGAGGACUCUAUAUGGCUCACAACCGAGAACGGCAACAGGUCAGGCGCCCGUACCCCAAUGGGUGUCGUCGGAAAGAAUGUUCGCACUGCCUUCAACAAGGCCGGUGGCGUUGCGGCUCGUGUUGGAAACGACUUCAUGGGACGAAAGGUCGCUUUCAACCAUGCCCGCAAGAUCACAUACGAGAUGUUGCGUAACACGGGUUCUGCUCAUUCUCUUGCCCGCCUCAUCUUCCGGAGUCUCGCCAAGGACGGUCAAGAGACCAUCUACCUUGAAGACAUGCAGUCCGCCUUCAAGACCAGUGAAGAGGCCGAACACGCCUUUAGCAUUUUCGACAAGGAUCUCAAUGGUGAUAUCUCUAUGGAAGAGAUGGAACUCACUUGCAACGAAAUUCAUCUUGAGCGCAAGGCCAUCGCUGCCUCGUUGAAGGAUCUCGAUUCCGUCAUCAAAAAGCUCGAUAAGGUCUUCCUCGUCAUCAUUGUCAUUAUCGCCAUCAUCGUCUUCAUUUCCAUUCUCUCAGGCUCUGCCGCUGCCGGUCUCGCUUCUGCCGGAUCCAGUUUCCUCGGUCUCGCAUGGCUGCUCCAGGCCAGCGCCCAAGAGUUCCUGCAGUCCAUCAUCUUCGUAUUCGUCAAGCACCCAUUCGAUGUCGGUGACCGCGUCACUGUCUACGGCAACACUGGUACCACCGGAACUGGCGACGAUUACUACGUUACGGAAAUUUCCCUGCUGUACACCGAGUUCAAGAAGAUGGAGGGUCACAUUGUACAGGCACCCAACAGUGUGCUGAACACCCUUUUCAUCCUCAACCAGCGCCGUUCUGCCGGUCUGGCCGAUCCUAUCGAGCUCAAGCUUGGUUUCGGCACCGAUCCGGAGCUCAUCGAGGAGCUCAAGUCUCGCAUGCUCAACUUCUGCCUCGAACACAAGCGCGACUACCAGCCUCGCAUUAUUACUGAAGUCCGCACUCUUAAUGAGGUUCAAUCUUUCACCAUGAACUUGAUCUUCUUCCACAAGUCCAACUUCCAGAACGAACUGCUCCGUCUGCAAAGACACAACAAGUUUGCCGCCCAGCUUAUGGCCGAGGUUCGUGCUGUUGGUCUCCAGGGCCCUUGGCAGGUGCAACCUGGUGGUUCCCGCAACACACCCUUUUACUGGGCAGGCGGCGCCCCUCCUUCGUACGACUCUUCCAAGAACGGUGGUCCCAGUGGCAUCGAGCCUGCGACGCCUGGAGGCGACUCUCACUCCAUUCACUCUACUACUCAGCCUACUACAGCGGGGACUGCGGUGGCCACUCGCGCUCGCGCCGAUUCCCGCACUGGUAUGACGCCUUUCAUUGACAACAACUGGAGCGAUUUCCAGGACGUGUUUGAGGCUCGCAGAGAGGUCCACCAGCCGCACGUCGCUCGCCUCCAGAGCAUCCGCGAACGAACCGACCUCGAACGCCCAGAAAGCGCGACGUCAGGCGCCGCGGCUUCAAGAGCUAGUCACGACUCUGGAUCUCAGCGCCGACGCUUCUUUGGCCGACCGCGGAGUUCCAGCAGAGCCAAGACCGGCGACAUUGUUUAG